UAUCUGCAGUUGACUUUCAUCAUCGGACGUCAAGACAGAUUACAAAAUACCAUCCGUAUCACUUCGCCCGCGUCCGUCGUUCCACAACAUUAGACUAACUAAAUUGACUAAUUAAAGUUUCAAACUUUAAAAUAAGUCUAUUUCUUAUCUAUUUUUGAUGCCGAUGGUAUAAUGAUACAAUCGUUUUAACUUUCAAGCAAAGUGGCCUUGCCGGCAGCCGGUAUUAGAUAGUAUUGAUACUUGUAAUAUUAAUUAAUACGGUUUCUUUGUUGACAACAGGCGGCUAUAAACUGUAAAAAAACUUUUUAUUUUAGCUAAUAUCAAGGGAUCUCUGAACCAGUAAAUGAAUAUGUCAGGUAAAAGGAAACAUAUAGAAAUGUAUCUUGGAGAAAUUUUUAAGGAAUUCAUAGCCUUAAAAGACGAGGAUCUCAAGAAAUCACAAGAAGUAUUUAACAGUGUCUUUGUACAGGUUAAGCAAAAGAUGGAAGAGCAAUGUAAUUACUUUAGUAAAUAUGCUAAACAGGUACUCUAUGCUGGGAGUGUGUAUGAUGGUAUAAAAGUGUCCAAAUUAGAUGAAUUUGACAUGAACAUUGUGAUACGACUACCCAUAAGUUAUGAGGAUGGAGAGGAAGGAAUUUUAUUGGAGAAUGCUCAGCCUGGAUUUGUCAAAAUGAAAAUUGGCAGUCCAUUUGAUAAUCUGGAUAAGCAGAAGGAUUGGGAAAACUGUCAUAAAGUGACAAGAGAUUGGCGUGACAGUGGCAAAUACCUUCUCCAAAACAAAUUUCGUCAGUGGUUGCACAGUAUAAUACAGAAGGCCCUUAACGCUAUGAACAAUGAGGUGACAGUUAAUGGUGUUAAGUAUGAGUUAAAAUAUAAAUCGUCGGGGCCAGCGUUUACAUUGAAUAUAGAGAAUAAAAUUUUAUCUUUCUGUCUUGAUGUGGAUUUAGUACCUGCCAUACGAUUUAUGCUACCUCGUUGGCCAAAAGGUUACAGGAAUAUAUAUAUAGAUGACGAUAAAGCUAAAGAUUGGUUAGUAGUACCAAAGCCAAAUAAAGCUUUGAAUGCUAAAGAGCAGAACCAGUGUUGGCGGCUCUCCUUUCAGGAACAAGAGAGGAAAGUUAUGAAAGAUUUGAAGCAGUUGAAAGUUGUUAUAAGAUUGGUUGGAGAUGAGGAUUCAAGCUUAGUAAUUAAAGAAUAG